AUGGUGGAUGCUGACCAGGCGCACCAAGGCCCUGAUGUCGUCUCUGGGCCAGAUGACAUUGCGUUUGUCGAAGCCCCACCAAAGGAGCCGCAACGACUCAAACGCUCGAACACCGCUCCUAAGAAGCCUGAAACAGGUGGGUUAAUGGGUCUCAUCGGUUCGCUGCGCAGGACUGCGCGUGCGGAGCCUCCUGAACGUCACAAGUCUCGCUCUCGUCGUGAUGAUGAUGCGAGGAUGGCGGACCCCGAACGGGACGAGGCUCGGCGUCAGCGCCGUGAAGAAAGAAGGAAACGCUCAACCCGCCCGGAGAACGAGGGCGAAGGGUUUGUCGCCGACGCCCCUCCAGCCGAGGAAGUGCCAGAUAUGGAAGCAGACGAUGCGGAAGCCAGAAGAGCAGAGCGCAGGGCGCGGCGUGCCGCAAAACAGGCUUCUUUGGAUCAAGCCCGAGAGAACGAGAUGCGUGAGGCAGAGGAGAGGCACGCGAGACGAAAGGAGAGAGAACUCGCUCGAGAGCGAGAGAUGCACGAUAGACAGCUCCGCGAAGAGGAAGAACGGGAGCAACGACGCCAAGAAGAGAAGAGAGCACGUCGAGCUGCCCGUGAAGAGCGCCGCGCUCGUGAAGAGCAGGAGGCCCGAGAGGCGGAAGCCCGGGCCGAGGCGAAAGCUGCGGAACGCCGUGAAAGGCGCCGGCAGAGGGAGGCAGAAAUGCAGGAUAAUCCCAGAUCGCGACGUCACUCCCGCGUGGAUGAUCGCGCUGCUCGGGAUUUCUACGCCGAGGACCCUUACGCGGACCCGGAGAGAUCGAAUCGCCGACGAUCCAGGGCCCCAGAAAUGGCCAGGGAGCAACCGCCGCCGAUGAUGUCUGGCGGACGGAGGGAUAAGAUCUCGUCUUGGGUUGAUCAACAACACAUCAACCCUCCGGAGCCGCCGCCCCUUGUGGCCACUGUACUCGACGUACCACCCGGUCCGGGCGAUCAGACCAAUGCGCACUCGAUGUCAUCGGAUGAGGAAGCUCGCCGCGACCUCCGCCGCAGAGCCCGCAGACGGGCGCGGUAUCCGGGACUGACAGACGAGGAAAUCAACGACCUGCGCGAGAGAAAACGCGAAGCGCGCCGAUCCGACCGGGAUGGCCUGAAGAGCAGCUCCGGCAGCGGUGACUACGAGCGAGAUCGUGGCAUGCGACAUGAGCGGUAUGGCGCGCCACCACCGCCGCCCAACUCUGGUGGAAAAAUGAACUGGUUCAAGAAACUCACCAGUCUGUGA